AUGAUAGAGAGGCGGCAUGGGCAUAUUGUUGCCAUCAAUUCCAGUGCAGGUCUGAUGCCUUGCCCUGAUAUGAUUCCAUAUUGUGCUGCAAAGUUUGGUCUAAGAGGUUUGAUGGACUCCAUAACCGAAGAGCUCCGUUUAGAUACAUGGACGAAAAAUAUCAACACCACCUCAGUCUACCUGGCUACAAUAUCGACCGGCCUGUAUCCACCACCAACACACCGGUUCACCGCCUGGUAUUCCGAAACCACGGCGAAGGAAGCAGCUCGAAUUAUAAUCGAAGGAGUGAGGAGCGGGUUGAAAAGUUACAACCACAUGAGUCGCAGAGGUGAACACUGGGUUCUUGACCGAGUACAUGGUUUCUCACAUGUUGAUAGAUCUCCUUGUGAUCAGUAG